CUCGGAACACAGCAACACGCUAAAGAGAGCGCGUUAUAGAGACAGCUCAGGGAAGUGACUGGAGGGUUCAAUGUAGGUUUUUAGACUGAGGAAGGCUUGUUUUAUUUUCAUUUUAUUUUAAAAAACCAUCCACCGGGGGGAAUAAAAACCAAAACCAAAGAUAAGUACAUAGAAAUUCCCAAAAUGCUUUGCCAUGUAACGCGGCCGGACUCGGUGGUGAUGGAGGUGGAAGUUGAUGCGAAGGCGAAUGGAGAGGAUUGUCUAAAUAAGGUAUGUCGGAAGUUAGGAAUCAUCGAGGUGGACUAUUUUGGCCUGCAGUUUUCAGGCAGUAAAGGAGAGAACCUGUGGCUGAACCUGAGGAACCGAAUCUCUCAGCAGAUGGACAGUGUGACUCCCUGCAGGCUCCGACUGAGGGUCAAGUUCUUCGUCGAGCCACAUUUAAUACUACAAGAGCAGACCAGACACCUAUUUUUCAUGCACGUUAAAGAGGAUCUGCACCGCGGUCACCUGCGCAUGUGCUCGGAGCAGGCCGAGGAGCUCAGCGCCCUCCUGGCCCAGGCCGAGUUUGGCGACUACAACCAGAACACGGCCAAGUACUGGUACACCGAGCUGUGUGGAAAAGACCCUGACCAGGAGACAGUUAACAGUAUCAUAGACAAGCACAAGGCUCUGGAGGGGCUGAGUCAGGGCUCGGUGGAGUAUCAGGCCCUGCAGCUGGUGGCGUCUCUGGAGCACUACGGCGUGGAGUGGCACUGGGCGCGAGACGCAGAGGGUCAGAGGCUGGCGAUCGGUGUGGGACCUGACGGCAUCGCUAUCUGCAGGGACGACUUCAGCCUGGUCAACAGGAUUUCUUAUCCUUUAAUCCAAAUCGCCACCCAGUCUGGGAAAAGUGUGUACCUGACUGUGACCAAGGAAAGCAGCGACAGCGUGGUCCUGUUCUUCAAGCUGGUCAGUAACCGAGCGGCCAGCGGGCUGUACCGGGCCAUCACCGAGACACACGCUUUCUACAGAUGCGACACUGUAACGAACGCAGUCAUGAUGCAGUACAGCCGUGACUUCAAGGGCCACCUGGCUUCACUUUUCCUCAACGAGAACAUCAACCUGGGUAAGAAGUACGUCUUUGACAUCCGCCGGACGUCCAAAGAGGUGUAUGACUACGCCAGACGAGCGCUGUACAACGCCGGCAUCGUGGACCUCAUGUCCCGGUCGGGCACGCGAUCUCCGUCCUCCCGCUCGCCAUGGCACGGACAGGAGGGUGUGCCGGAGUGUGGAGGCUGUCAGCAGAACCGGCUGCUGCAGGAGAAGCUACAGAAGCUGCGUGAGGCAUUCCUGUGCAUGCUGUGCUGCGAGGAGGAGAUCGACGCUGCCUUCUGCCCAUGUGGACAUACGGUGUGCUGUCAGAACUGCGCUACACAACUCCAGUCGUGUCCAGUGUGUCGCUCUGAGGUGGAACACAUCCAGCACGUCUACCUGCCCACCUGCUCCAGUCUGUUAAACCUGACCUUGGGCAGCAGCAGCAGUCCUGCACCUAUCCGUCGCUCCAUGACCACACACUCCUGCAGCAACACUCAUUACUGCAGCGACGACAAACUCUGCCAGACCUGAACCUGGAAUCUCCAUCCCUAGGUUUUAAUUUAUGACUCUCACCUCACCACCUCCAGCUCCUCCCACUAAAGCACUGACAGUUUUCUACCUUCAUCUUUAAUCGAAGUGAAUCAGUUGAUCUGAUAAACAUCUCGUAUCUUUUUUUAUUUUUUAUUAUUCUAAUUAUAGCCUUGAGUUUUUUAUUUUAGAAACCUCCCCCCCCCUCUCUCUCUCUUCUUUCUAUUUAAUUGCCUUUUAUAUAUUGGUUUUAUUGCAGGAUUUCCACUUCAGAUUUGUAUUGAUUUGUUUUGUUUUCUUUUGCAGUGGAAUUUGUGUGCAGUAUUUUGUGUGUUUUCAUGCCAAUCUUGCUUUCUUUCUUUCUUUCUUUCUUUCUUUUUUUUUAAUGAUGAAGGUUACAGGGAUGCAUGCGAGUGCAUUACCAUAUCAUCCCCCGAUGUUUCGUUCGUGUGGAUAUUUUAAUGCUCACGGUUGAAUUAAAUCCCCCAGGCACAGAGUUAUAAACCUGUAAAUUGUGAGCAUCCCAAAUAUUACACCCCGUAUUCACGAUCACGCCAACAUCACCAACUAGAAACAUCCCUCAUAUGCAAAGGAUAAACCUGGUGCAAUUGUAGCUGUUCCCUUUUUUCUUUUUUCUUUUUUUUAAUAAAUAAAUAAAAAUAUAUUUUGUGGGAUGUAAACAAAAAUAUUGACACCGUCACUUUACCAAGGAGUUUUAAGGCUCUGAGGCCUUAACGUAGCAGUAACACAGUGUGUUUGUUAUGCAUAUUCUUUCUUUGCACAGACUUAAUGUCGUAAAAAAUUGAAGAGGAAUUUAUUUUCUUUAUCACUGACCCCCGGUCACUGCAGGGGUGAUUUUUUUUUUUUUUUUUUUUUUUUCUUUUUUUCUUUUUUUUCACUUUCUAUAUAGAUUUUGUUUCUGUUUGUUUGAAGCAAAAGCUAUGCUCUGUACUUGU